UCGUCAUUGUGUAGGUGCUCCACACGGAUCCAUACUGGGAACGCCGAUCGCAUCGAGUGCAAAAAUAAGGAGAUAAUUUUCAGCAAUACAGCUCGAGAUUACCAAAGUAUAGUCAUCUACAGCACUAUACACCCAUUUACUGACAACCUACGCCAGUUAUAUAUAACAAGACAGUGGGGACACCAUGCAGCUUCCCGUGGGUCUCGCAGCUGGAGGGGGAGGCGUCUUCUUCAUGGCUGUGGUCGCCGGCUGGUACGGGAUGCCCAAGCUCAUCUCCAGCCAGAUAGCGUCCGGACUGGCACUGAAGAAAGGAUCAGACAUCCGCCAGAUGUGGUCCAACUUCUCCGACCCCAUCGACUUCCGGGUGUACGUCUUGAACCUCACCAACCCUGAGGCGGUGCACAGAGGGGAGAAACCCAUCGUACAAGAAAUCGGACCGUACUUCUACGAGGAGUACAAGCAGAAGGUGAAGCUGCGCGACCACAAGGAGGACGACACCGUCUCGUACAACAACAAGAUCACGUGGCUGUUCAACCAGGGCAAGAGCGCUCCGGGCCUCACCGGGGACGAGCUGGUCACGAUGCCGCACCCACUGCUUCUGGGCCUGCUGCUGACGCUGGAGCGCGACAAGCCGGGCAUGCUGGCGCUGGUGAACAAGGCCAUCCCGCCGCUCUUCCGCAAGCCGGAGAGCAUCUUCGUGACGGCGCCGGUGCGCAACUUCCUCUUCGACGGCAUCGUCAUCAACUGCACCGUCACCGACUUCUCGGCCAAGGCGCUGUGCACGGGGCUCAAGAAGGAGGCCAAGGAGCUCAAGCGCGAGGGUGACAACUUCUUCUUCUCCUUCUUUGGACACAAAAAUGGCACGGUGGACGCCGGGCGGCUGCGGGUGAAGCGCGGCAUCCAGAACAUCGACGACCUGGGCCGCGUGGUGGCCUUCAACGGCGAGCCCAAGAUGUCGUCGUGGCGGGGCGACCCGUGCAACGACCUGCGCGGCACAGACUCCACCAUCUUCCCUCCCUUCAGGGACCCCAAGGAGCCCAUCGUCGCCUUCGGCGCAGACCUCUGUCUGUCUCUGGGCGCGAACUGGGAGCGCAAGGCGGAGUACAUGGGCGUUCCCGGCAACAGGUACACGGCCGAGCUGCCGGACAUGAAGGGCAACGCGGAGCACCACUGCUACUGCCCUACCGAGCAGACCUGCCUCGAGAAGGGCACCCUCGACCUCUCGCCCUGCGCAGGUGCCCCAGUGAUAGCUACGCUGCCGCAUUUCUACCUGGCGAGCGAAACGUACCUGCAGACUGUAUCGGGCCUGCAGCCAACCAAGGAGAAUCACGAGCUCUUCAUGGUCUUCGAAUCGACGACAGGGUCACCUAUGGAGGCCCGUAAGAGGCUGCAGUUCAACAUGUUCCUCCACAAGAUCAACAAAAUAGACCUACUGGCCAACGUACCCUACGCUUUGAUGCCACUCAUCUGGGUCGAGGAGGGCCUCGCACUGGAGGAGAAGUACGUAUCGACACUGCGCAUGUUGUUCCGCAUGCAGGGCAUCAUGUCUGGCGUCAAGUGGACACUGAUGGCGGUUGGUAUGGGGAUGGCUGGCGCAGGGGGCUACCUGCACUUCAAGCGGCGCAAGGAGCUGGUCGUGGGGCCCGCCGAGCCCAAGAAGGUCGUCGCUGGACACGACACUACGGGCCACCCCAUCAGGCUGGAGAGCUCCCACUCCAGAUACUAGUCCUGGACACUCCAGGCCAUCCCACUGGGCGUGACAGCUCCCACUACACUGACUUGGAAGGUCGCAGGUGGACUUACCGACUCCCCAGGCCGUCCCCUCUGAUUCUAUACUAGCGAGACAGCACCAGAAGCUGAUGGACCUGGUGGCUCUUAAGGGCAGCCUGAUUCUACCAUCUUCAGGAUCCUGCUGUGGGGCUGUAGUUGUAGAAACUAAUGUUCCUUUUCCUAGGCUGAUGAAUUCUGUGCACCACAUUGGGCAAUGCUCCCAACACCUUCGGCCAUCACCAUGCACCACAUAGCGAAUCAGGCCACAACACUCAAGCUGUUUGCAACUUGCAGUAGCAAGGGUUAUCGCUACGUGGCUCUGAUUCAACGGCAUAACUCCAACAUAUAUCGCUUUGCUUGUAGUGAUUUAUCAGCAUAAAUUACUGCAGUUUUGUCUUGAGAUUUAUUAACUUCUACAUAAACGACUGAUACGGUCAACAUCGUUAAUCUAUAUAUACAAGUGUCUGUAUGUAAAGUAUACUGUUGUUAACCGUAAGCAAGUCUGAAACAGUUUAUAUCUCGAUAUGGGGUCUUUAACUUUCUUAUCUACCGAGAUAUUGAAGCAACUGCUGCUCUUAUAACCUCGCUAUGUACUUUCCUGUCCUCAUACUUUCUGUGCCAUUUGGUACGUUGUAAACCUUGCAGUCGUCCUCAAUAUGUAUCACAAAAAAAUUUAGUAAUGUUGUUACUGCUGUAAUUCAUGAUUGGUUCUUCUUGCGGUCGCCCACUGGAAGAUGUUAUUACCUGGUCCUCAGCGAACACAGCAGCGAACAUUUGUGACGGUACGGUUUGUGUAUAUGAAUGCUAUUUUUCUGUAUGCAUUGCUGAAACACGUCAAGUGACGUAAGAACUCACAGUAUCGUUGUCACAGCCUAAUCCUGUUUCCAUCUUUAACCGUUGGUUUCUUCAAUGGUUGUGCCUUAGUUACUGGACGCGCUUUUAAUUAUAGUUGUUAAAUAUAAAGGCAUGACAUUUUGUCUAGAAUUAUUCAUAACUUUUCUCGUCUACGCACUGUUAAACGCUUUAGGGACAUUUAUAAACAGAAGAGCCUCACUUUGAUAUUCUCGAUGUUUUUCCAUUAUUUGUCGAAGACAAAAUAUGUUAUUGUUGUGUACGAUAUGCAGAGCCCAAUUUUCUCUUACAUCAGAAUUGUUUCUGCUAUUUUAUAUAAUAUCUGUAAAAUUUUUCUUAAAGGCUGUGUUCAGCAGUGAAACGCAUUUGGAACUUUCUAUAUUUCCAAUUUAGUUUUCUAAAAAUAGCUACAAUAAGGACUAGUCAAUACUCCCGUGGUACUUUAUUUUUGUUCAAUCUCUCUUAAAUAGGUGUAAAACAGUUUACAGUUCAUGAAAUGCAUAUUCAAUUACUUCUAUAUUUGUUCUAAAUUUUCUGCACCUUUUCUAUUUUCGAUGUGUUUUUCUGCCUACUGUAGCUCUUUUAUGUGUAUCAAAUCUUUGUACUAGUUUCCAUUCAUUUUCUUCCAACAGGCCUAAAGUACUGUCGUUGACUUUUCUCUGUAAUUUUGAUUAGUAAUCUAGCUGUUCGUCGUAGGCUAAUAUAUUUUUCUCUAGUCAUUGUCUGUAUUAUUCAAAUGUUACAUCAUUUUCUGAGCAAAGGCCGGCCUCCAACUCUAGUUAUACACACAUUCUAGGUUUCUUGAUUUGUUUAUCUACUCUUAGCUUUAUCUCCUCGUGCCAAGUGAAUUCCACCCUACCUUUCUUCUUUCCCUUGACACUAUCUAAUACCCCUCUUUGUUGUUUGUAGACAGAUUUUAUAACCGUCUGCGAUAAUCUUGUAUCUUGCUGUCGAACAAUUCGGUUCUUUCUUUAUUUCAGAAUCUUAACCUUCUUUGAUUCCUUUCCUCAGUCACCACUCAAGCGAACCAAAGGUUAUUAUUCCAUAACUCUUUUUACGUGUACAUCUUUUCUUAAACAAUAAUUUAAAGGAGAAACCUACGCUAAAAUUUUGCAAAACUGGCAGUAUCAGUAGUCAAAUACGAUGGGCCUUACAAGCACGGAAAUACAGUUUCUUCGAUCGAUUGCAGGUGUAACAAGGAGAGACCAAAGAUGUAACAAAACAUCAGUAGCUCAACACUUAAGCAUUGAAUGACAAAGUCAUGACGUAUUGCCAAAAAUUCGUAUCUCAAAUGAGACGGGUGAAUAAAGCAUGUUAUUGAAGACCAUAGUUCAAAAAUGAACCUGGUCACUUCUGCAGAGUCGGUAAUACAGGAAGAUCAUCAAUGAACGAAAUGUAAGUUUGCAACAAGCGACAGACACAUACUUAAGAAGACCGUUACUUUGUUGCUUCUGUUAUUGUUGUUGUUGAUGAUGAUGAUGAUAAAUUGUCAACGACAUACGUAGAAAAGUGACGAAAUUAUCUCCUCGUUUGACAAUUUAAUUUCAAAAAGUCUCUAAUUUCUGUCGAGCAUUUAUGAGUAUGAUAAAGUUUUUGACAGCAUUCGAGGGCCGUUAAAGACACAGGUAUAUUGAUACGGAGUUCGUCAUCAUUUAGUGUCACUAAACGAAGUGAUAAGUAUGUGUAUCCGUUCCAUUAUGCGACUAAUUGAUAACGAGGAUAUAGUUGCGCUGUGAGAACAAUUUUUAGUUCUAUGUCUGAAACAUCUGCAGCUUCUUUCCACAGUAGGUUUUACUGCAGACUAUAACAACCUUCAUAUAAUAGUACCCCUCUUUUCAUUGCCUUUCGGAUUCCCGUUGAAAGAUGGGUACCUCUGCUGUGGACAGAUCCAAAGUUGCUUCAUUAUCUCGGUAAAUAGAUAAAAAUACAGCUAUUAACUAUAUAGCAAAAUACUUACCCUUUUAUAUCUAUCAUUUGUUGAAAAUUUCGAUUCGAAACAUUAAACCAAUUUACAAAACUUAAGGAUAACUCCACUACAUGUGUACUGUAAGUAAAGGACUGUAAAUCUUGUGAGUGUAAUUUAACGGACAUCUAUAACUUGAUUACGUUAAAGACGAAAGAAAGUAUUCCACGCUGUAAUCAAUAAUCGGCCACGUACAUAUUUCACGAUUUCAACUACGAGGGAGCCAUUUAUCUAUUUGCAGUUAAUAAUUAUUUUGUCCUUUAUUCUUGUAGCAGUAGAUCAGUAGGAAAGUAAUUACCAGCUCUGGUGAGUCAGUGCAGUAAGGAAGAUUCCGAUAACACACCCAGUUAUUGAUUUCACAAUCUUCGAUUUCCCAUUUAUCAUUCGCAAGUUGCAAGUAGAUGGAUCUCGCUUCAAACUAGUUCGUAUAAGAUUUAAAUGUAGUGAAACAAAGAAGUACCUGCCUAUGUGAUUUCUUGUAGUCGAUCUAAAAGCUUUGGAAAUUAUCUCUGUGCUAAACGCAAUGGUGCUUGAAUAUCGUAGAUCCUUGUUUGUACUAGUUUUUGGAACAUAUUCUUAACUAUUUUUCUAUAGUAACCGUAGGGAAAUAAUUGGAAAUAUUUAUUUUUCUUUUGCUCUCUUUCUCUACAGUUUUUUUGAAAUAGUAUUAUGUA